UUUGCAACAAUGUGGCGAAAAUGGAAAGUGACGUCGCACCGACACAGAAGACCCAGCCCCCCACAGAAAUCCACUUAACUCAAUCAAAAUCCGCAUAUUAGAACAGAGUGGAUGGCGUUUUGCUCAGAUGUCGGGAGCGCAGUUUGAAAACAACAUUCACCGCAGGCGAUCGAAAUCACGGCUCGACAAUAAUGCCUCGUGGCAUCUGGAAGCUCGAUCGGAUCGUACUCCUAUGCCUCUGCUUCUUGAUAUUUGGGGAUCUCAUCUAUAUAGCAGCCCAAAGAAGUACUGCCGGAAAAACGGAGCGUCGAAACUAUACGGGUAAAAAACCCGUGGUCAUACAACAUCGAUCACAGGAUGCCGUCAACUAUUAUGAUCAUGAAAAUGGAGCUAAGAUCAUAAAGUCAUCGCAUUUCGAAUUGGACUAUACCCUGGGACGCAAAAUAACCUUCUUCUGCAUGGCUCAAGGCAACCCACGACCAACUAUCACCUGGUUUAAGGAUGGAGCGGAACUCUACCAGCACCGAUUCUUUCAGGUACACGAAUCUCAUAUAGAGACAAACAUCGUUAAAUCUAAAAUGGAAAUUGAUCCAACCACGCAAAUGGAUGCUGGAUUCUACGAAUGUCAAGCUGACAACAUUUAUGCCAUCGAUCGUCGAGGCUUUCGCACGGAUUAUGUUAUGGUUAACUUUUGAGCCAAGUUUACAAUUUGUAACCUGUUUUGGAUACUUUGAAUUUUAUGACUCUGUAAAACUUGACUAUUAAAUUCUUUAAAGCAUACAUUUAAACAAAAAAUA